AUGGCUUCUAGACAAAUAUUUAACAUCUCUGCCUUCAGAACUGCUUCCAGAUGUUGGUUACCAGUGAACGCAAAGCAAGUCUCAGUCCCAGCUACUCUUCGUCACUUUUCUUCAAGACAAAGAUCUGUAAACUUUGCCAACGUGAGAGAAGUCAGCGUUGUCUCUAAUGACACUAUCUUGAUACAACAGAUAGAAGAGCACCCAGACACUGAAGGAUUCGAACCAACAGUUUUCUCAUCGGAAGAAGUGCACACUCCUGGUCCAGUGAACCGUGGCUAA